UUUGAUUUAUUAGACAAUGGAAAAGAAAGAGUAUUUUGUAAUUGGUUUGGCGUUGGUACAGCUUUUGUCUUUUCGAUAUUUCUGAAAGGAUUUUUCCCUCUGAAACAAGGACUGAAAGGUUUUGCCAAACUGGAGGAUUCCCCAGUCGUGCCUGGAGAUACCGUUAAUUCAGUACCAAGUGGACGCUACGACAGACUUAUCGUAGUUGUUAUUGAUGCAUUGAGGGCGGACUUUGUUCUUGCUUCUCAAACGUAUAUGCCGUUCCUGAAGGAAUUGAUAAGAGAUCAUCAUGUGCUGUCUUUCACUGCAAAGGCCCACCCACCAACUGUUACACUACCUCGAAUAAAGGCACUAACAACUGGUGGCAUCCCAGGAUUUGUCGAUGUUGUUCUGAACUUUGGUUCAAGUUCCCUGGAUGAGGACAACAUCAUCUCGCAGCUGAAGAGAGCAGGAAAGGAGAUAGUGUUUUAUGGUGAUGAUACAUGGAUGAAGCUGUUCCCAGAUCACUUUGACAGGACCGAUGGCACAACGUCCUUCUUUGUCACAGAUUAUACUGAGGUUGAUGUGAUGGUGACCCGCCACCUCCCAGAGGAGAUAACUCUUGAUGACUGGGAUGUCAUGAUCCUCCACUACCUCGGACUGGACCACAUCGGUCAUCUCGAUGGCCCAAGGAGUCCCCUUAUCAGUCCCAAACUGUUCGAGAUGGACAACAUUCUGCAGAAGUUGUAUCAAGCGAUGAGGCAAUGGUCGGAAGAGAGGGACUUGACAAGUCUGAUGAUGGUGUGUGGAGAUCAUGGCAUGAGUGAUCAGGGCGGCCAUGGUGGGGCAUCACCAGGGGAGACAACUGUUCCUGUCAUCUUCCUCAGUCCAAGCCUCCAUGAUGUUGUACCAGGAUUGAACCUGGCUAGUGCAGGAAGCAUCAUGCAGAUCGAUGUUGCCCCCACUCUGGCUGCCCUCAUGGGAAUACCCAUACCUAAAAAUAGCCUGGGGGAGAUCGUUGCCCCAACUCUGGUUGGUUACAGCCUCGAGGACAAGGUCCGACUGAUGCAGCUCAAUGCCCACCAGGUGGCAGUCUUACUUGAGCAGAAUGUAGCUGAUGUGGAGAAAGAAACUGGAUAUCGUCGUUAUCGGCAAGUGAUGAUCAGACACUCUGAUUGGCUCAAGACCAAAAGUGCAAACUUGUCAACAGUAUCCUGGGAGAUGCUUGGUAAUCGUCUGGUGAAGGAUUAUGGGAACGCUGUGCAGGAGAUGAGGUCAAGGGUCAGCGAAACCUCCACACACUAUGACCUGUAUGGGAUGGCAGUGGGCAUUGUAUUGAUCAGUCUGAUACUGUUAUUCCUGCUCUUGUUGUCAGUGUCAGACAUGUCAACAUUGAAACUUUCAACCAAUAGAAUAGCAGUUUGUCUCAUUUGCUGCAUCCCUGUUGUGCUGGGUCACAUGACCAUGUGUACAAGUCAGCUCCGCAGUGACUUCCUGUGUACAACCAGUAUCCUCCUCCUUCCAAUUCAGCUAAUCACAAUGAUGGCUGUUGUCAUGGCAACACUGUUCCUGGUUAUGUUCUUGGUCAGAUACAGAGGCCGAAUUAUGUGUUUGAGGAUGUCAUGGGUUGGGUGGGUGUUUAUGGGAGGGUCAGUACUGCACACUCUUAGCCUGCUGUCCAGCAGUUUUGUGGAGGAAGAACAUCAGACCUGGUACUUCUAUAUCACCACCCUGCACGCUGUCAUCAUCUGUAAUCUCAUAUGUGUCGUCUGCUCUCAAUCAGUGAAUCAAAAGGGAGGGAGAACUGGUGCUCGUGAUAGAUAUGAACAAACCACAGACAGUCUGAAUGUUCAUAAGCUUCACAAAGACACAUCUUACCAUGAGAUGUCCAAUCAGAGUGAGAAGUUAGACAGUGGUACAUCAAGUAUUACAUGGUGGACGUCGGUGACAUCAGUGGCAGCCAUGUUUGUUGUGCUGAUGCUGUGCCGGAUAUUGAGGAGAUGGAAUCAGACGGGAGACAAAUGGCGAACUGUUCCUGACAUUGGGGACUGGCUUGUCAGACCGGAGAACAAGUCUGCUCUAUCAACUGUAGUGGUCAUCUCUAUGUUGUGUCUUGUUAUCACCAGAUGGCGUUCAUCAUGUCUUAUCCAAUCAUCUUGCAGUAUUUUUGCUGUGAUAUCUGCCUACUGCUCUAAAGCGGCUACAGGUGUGAUUGUGUUCCCAGGUGUAUACUCUGGGGUGACCAAAGGAGUCCCAGAAGCCCAGGUGACAUACUUGAUCCUUCUCCUAACGCUUAUCCUGUUGCUAUGGCAAUGGAAGAGUCAGCGAGAGGAUCCUGGGUACCAGACAGCUUACCUGUGGUCAGGCUUACAGACAAUAUGGCUGUUGGUCAUGAUGCUGUUGCUACGACCACACAAUUCAGCCAUGGUUGCCAUGGCAGCUGCAGUAGAGGGCCUGGUGUCCAGUCACAUGAUCUCAGUUGUCAAGCUGCGUCCUGCAUUCCUGACUCUGUACUGUUUGUGGAUGGGACAGGCUGCUUUCUUCUUCCAGGGCAACUCCAACAGCCUGUCCACAGUGGACGUGGCUGCUGGCUACGUUGGUCUCCAGGACUACAACCCUCUUCUCAUUGGUUUGUUGAUGUGUCUCUCCACUUAUGCUGGACCAAUCUUCUGGAUGAUCUCACUCCUCAAAUACAUCAGCAUGGUGGACGGCAACUUAGACGACAUUUCCAAAACCAACAAACUGAAGGUUCGUCACCAGGAGGCUGCAGUGACCAUAUUGAUGUCCCGAGGUCUCCCACUGUCUGUGUAUUGUGUGCUUGUGACCAUUGAGAGGUACCACCUGUUUGUGUGGACGGUCUUCUCCCCCAAGUUGUUGUAUGAAGGUGUGACUACCGUCGUCCUGUCAGUGUUUGCCAUACUCCAUGCAGUCCUAGCACACAGUCACCACAGUACCACCAAAGGCAGAAAAAUGCAGGAGUGAUAAUCACCAGGAAGUGAUGAAGAGAACAAGAACCUUUGUAAUAAACUAUUAACGUAU